AGAUGGGCGGAGCCUAAGUCUAAGACCCAGGCCUGGAUCUCGGCGGAAGGCAGGGAGCGAAUACUGGAUUGAGGAGAGCUUCCCGAUGAAUUUCAAAAUUGAACACACUUGGGAUGGUUUUCCAGUGAAGCAUGAGCCAGUGUCUGUCAGGCUGGAUCCCGGUGAUGGAGGAGUGAUGAUGGAAGUUAGAGCUCCGUUUUUCAGUGAUCCUCCAGCCCCACUUGCAGAAUCAGGAAAGCCUUUCAAUGAACUGUGGGAUUAUGAAGUUGUGGAAGCAUUUUUCUUGAAUGACAUAACCGAACAGUAUUUAGAAGUUGAACUUUGUCCCCACGGACAGCAUUUGGUGCUUUUACUCUCUGGAAAAAGAAGUGUUUGGAAACAAGAACUUGCUCUAUCAUUCAAAGUAUCUAGAGGAGAGACAAAAUGGGAAGGCAGAGCUUAUCUUCCUUGGAGUUAUUUUCCACCAAAUGUAACAAAAUUCAAUUUAUUUGCAAUUCAUGGAUCAAAAGAUAAAAGAAGCUAUGAAGCUCUUUAUCCUGUACCUCAAGAUGAACUGCAACAAGGACAAAAACCUGAUUUCCAUCGUCUUGAAUACUUCAAGCCUUUCACUUUUAAUACACUACUUGGAGAAGAAUGGAAACAACCGGAAUCAGACCUGUGGCUAACAGAGAAACCUGAUGUAUAGGAGCAUAGUAGAUGACUGUAUCAAUCAUUUAUUCUCUGUAUCUUUUAAGGUAAACCAAUAAAUAUAAUCUUCAAUAUACAUAUCAUGAACACAUUUUUCAUCAACAAAUAUUUUCAGAGAGGUCAGUGAAAAUUAUAGUAUCUCUGUGGCAAAUUAUAUAUGAGUUAACAAGAAAAUAGAAAAUUUGUAGAUGAUUUUAUCUAUAAAAUUAAAGUUUUUCUCAUAUCACUUAGUCCAGGAGCCAUCAUGUCAAUGAGUUCUACCUUCUGCCUUGCAUCACCAUUGAUCCAAAUAUCCCUGACUCUGUCAACUAAAAUCAUUAUUUUUCUUCCCACUUCCCUAAACCUCAGCCUGAGACUGGAACAUCUUGCACAUUUUUUAACUCCAUGUAAUAUAUAAUAAUUCUAUUCUUGGAAUCUUCUGUCUGUUCUUGAAAUGAGUAGAAAACAAUGACCUAUUUCAGUUAAACAGUAGAUCACAUCUGUUAAGGCAUCAUUAAGAUUCAUAUGUUACUUAGCCAGCUAUUUUUCCUGACUUAGACUAUGAUUCCAGAAGGAAAUGGAAUGAGGUACUGUAGAAUUUGGACAACAGGUUCUACUUUCAUUUGCAAAUAAAUGACAUUUUCUAAAUGCUGUUAAAUGAGAUGUCAAAAUGUCUUCAUUUUGUUUUAUAAACAUCAAACACUGCUGGUCUAGAAUGUUCCAAUUUUGUUAUUAUAUAGUUCAGAACUUGAAGCCAUGUGGUAGUGGAUCAUCUAAGAAUUCCACCAAACUUGAUCCUUCACCAGCAUUCUUAACUCAGAUAUUGGCAGUCCUUCAGAAGAAUCUUUAUUACUUGUAUGGAUACCUAGUUGCCUACCUAGCAAUAUACUUAUCCUCUUCUUUACUAAUAGGAUGUGAAUUUUUAGGGGCUCUCCUCAAAAACUACAGUUUCCCAGAUUCCUUUGCAGAUAGAAAUGACACUAUAGAACAGGUUAAUGAAUGUAAGCAUAAGGUGUUAGGUGGGGCUUCAAGAAAAGAUGCUUUAAAGAUGAAAGACUCAGCUACCAUAUCCUUUUGUCCUUUGCUCCUGAAUUGCAGAAUUGUGACCUAAGUUAACACACUAGCUAAAUUGUGUCAAUGAGGAGACAAUCCAGGGAUAGCUGAGUAGUAAGGUAAAGGAACCUUGGUUCCAAGCAGCACAAUGUAGUAAUAUGUCAUUCAUUAUCUGGACUACCUACCUAUGGACUUCAAAUUUCAAUCCACAGGAGAAUGGAUAAACAAACUGUGAUAGACAAUGGAGUACUACUCAAAAAAUAACAGACUACUGAUACAUGCAACAACCUGGAUGAAUCUCAAAAACAUUAUACUGAGCACAAUGAAUGAGAUACAACAUAUUGUAUAAUUAUUUUUAUAUGCAGGCCAGAUAUAGGCAAAACAAGUCUUUAA